AUUGUUCUCCCGGUACUGCUGCUCGUCUCACAGUAUCAGUGUUCACGUCUUUGUAAUGUUUCACCCGGCUUGAUAAUCUUUGAUUCACGAUGCAUCCAAGUCUCCAAGGAGUUUCCCGGCGCACCGCGCAAGGGCGACGUCCCCAACCAGAGAAACGGCCAGACCUCUUGUGUCGAGUGAAGUACAGUAAUACCCUGCCGGCCAUUCCAUUUGACCCAAAAUUCUUAGCCUUCCCCUUCGACAACAAACGAUUCCUUUCGUACAAAAGCACGUCUCUCGAAACCAACUACAAACACGAUUUGUUGACCGAGCAUGAUUUGGGUGUUACAAUCGAUCUCAUAGAUCCGAACACCUACGCUCCACCAGCCGAAGAUGUACCCCUGCAUGCCGAUAACGAGGAGCUACUCGAAGAGGAACCUAUCACCCCUGCCGUUUCGAAGCGAUCGAGACUUCACAACAUGGUCAUCCCCUGGGUCAAGAAGACCGAAUACAUCGCGACCGAGUUCUCAAGAUACGGUCAGACCGGUGUCAACACUGAAACCAAAGUCGGCUACAACGUCAAGAAGAUGCUCAAUGAGAGGAGUCUGUACAUGGAUCGGGACUCUCAGAUCGAAGCAAUCAACAAAACAUUCGAAGAAGCACAGAAACCGAUCACCCAGCACUAUGCCAAACCCAAUGUCACCCCUGUCGAGGUGCUCCCAGUCUAUCCCGACUUCGAAUUGUGGAAAUAUCCAUUCGCUCAGGUUCUGUUCGAAAAUGAGCCGGCGCCAAUAUCCCAGGCUGAGGAAAUGUCUCAGGCGAUGAUUCGUGGUGUGAUGGACGAGUCUGGCGAACAGUUCGUCGCCUACUUCAUGCCGACGGAAGAAACCCUAAGGAAGCGGCAGAAUGACGCGGAAAACAAAGUCGAGUACCAGGAUGAGGUCGACUAUGAGUAUGAAAUGACGCGAGAAUACAACUGGAACGUGAAGAACAAAACUUCAUCGGGAUACGAUGAAAACUAUUUCUUCGCCGUGCGAGACGGUUGCAUUUAUUACAAUGAGCUCGAAACUAGGGUGAGGUUGAGCAAACGUCGAUUGGAACCAGGCAUGGCUCCCAAUAAUUCGGAACUGGUUGUAAAACACCGCGUUCUCAACGAGAACGAGCACCGACAACAGCAGCUCAGACUGUCACAACUCGAGCCACCACAAGAAGAAAGCGACGACGAUGAGGAAGAGAAGGACGACGAGGACAACAAAGAGGAAGGGGAAGGAGCUGGGGAAGCUCACAAUAAGCCUACUGGGUAAAUCCGCCACUGUAGGGAGGCGAUGACAGAAAAGGGACACAGCACCUUCCAGCGUUCAUCUCAUUAGGAGGAGUUCAACGAAACAUCCUAGACAGGAAAAAAAUUCGAUGUACUGAUGGAGAGCUCAUUCGUCGUGGGGAUUCACGUCAUGUUUCCGACGGGACAGUUCCGAUAGCGCGCGUAACCGCGUUCCUAGCCGUAUCGAGUUUCGCACUCCAGCGAACCUAGAGGAGGGUUGGUCUGCUGAAACCUCUCGAUUGGGUAGGUCCCCCGACAUGGGACCUCAUUGACCUGACCGUGUCUCCUGUACAGAUCGGCCUGUAGCCUCAGGUGGUGUCAUCGUAGAAGCGGUCUUCACGUCAGGUUUCCGAUCCCCUUGACCUUGUAUCCUGUUUUUACGCUGUCUCCUCAUCGAGCGUAUAUCCGGGUUUCUUGGGAAGGGUAGGGAGUAGGGAGGGACGCUAUUUUGGACUAAAUGUGCCCGUUCUAUAUAUGAGUAGGUAGGUUCGGACUCUCAACUUAUUUUUCCCGCAGUCGCUUGCUUCGCAAUCAUUUCAUGAAAUCGUGGUCCCGCCCGGCUUCUCGGCGGACGAAAUUGCAAGCUCGUCCAUCGAUAUUCGUGUGAACAUUCGUCUCCCUUGCCAGACUGCCCGUCGAAUCCGUCUGGGGUCUCGGAAUCUCGAGCGUCAUUCCACCAACGUCGAAGCAGUGUCUUAUCAUUGUCCGUCUCGAUGAUGGUACCUUUAUUCGAGGCCAUGUGAUUGAAAAAAAAAUCCGAACCGUUCCGUGUCUACAUAACAGGAUCCGCCAUGUGAAAUAUGAAGAACUACGGGAGCGAAGAGUGGAGCCUGCAUAUUCGAGCAAGGAGCCAUGAAUCCACUUUCCGCGCUCUUCGCGACAUUUUGCCUAAUCCACGUCUCCUUAUAGCAUUUUUCUCUCCGUUGCCCCACAUUCGAUUUGGAAUGCUGAUCGCCGGAGAUCUUCUCAAAGAAGGCUGGGACUCGCUUAAUGGGAACCCUAGUAGUUUCCCAGCCUGGCUGAUUCUGUUUGUGACUCGAGCUUAUGCCGAGCGCAGCCAGCUGAGAGUCGAUUGAUGAAAAUAUUAUGAUCUCACGCCCGUGGAUCGAACUCGGAACCUGCUCGGGAAGUAGAUUCCGAGCUUCGUCAUGAGAUCCGAACAGAUACGAUCUCGCAUUCAAUGUAUAUAUGUUCUAUGCGUUUGUUGUAAUCCGGACGUUUUCGGCGGAAAGUGGAUCGAGUGAGGAAUAAAGAUAG